AUCAAGGCGACCGUCGUCGCGUUUGUAGAAGCUACGAAGAGAGUGUUGAAAGCUGGUAUUGACGUCAUUGAAAUUCACAACGCACACGGCUAUCUGCUGUGCUCUUUCUUGAGCCCCAUCAGCAACACACGCACAGACGAGGACGGCGGAAGCUUUGAGAAUCGAAUUUGUUUAACUCUCAAGGUCAUGGAUGCUAUCCGUGACGUUAUUCCUGAAGACAUGCCACUCUUCCUGAGAUAUCUUCGAGUCCAUAAGAUGAUUUCUGCAACUGAAUGGCUCGAAGAAGCACUUCCAAAUGAACCAUCGUGGCGUGUCGAGGAUACCGUCAAACUUGCUGGUAUUCUUGCCGAGCAUGGUGUUGACUUCCUUGAUGUCUCUAGCGGUGGUAGCCACCCAAAAGCCAUCAUGAAAUCCGGGCCGGCAUACCAAGCGCCGUUCGCCCAGGCAGUCAAACAAGCUGUUGGGAAUAAGCUUGUCGUCGGGUGUGUCGGGUCAAUCACCAAUGACAAGGUCGCCCAAGAAGUGCUUGAGACGACAAUUCCAAAAGAACCCGGCGAGUGUUUGGGCGUGAGUUAUACUCGUGAGAUAAGUUGGCACCUGACCUGA